ACGCUCUACUCCCCCUCUCUCGCUCUCUCUACGCUCUACUCCCCCUCUCUCCUUCUCUCUCUCCCUUCCUCCCCCGUCCCUGUCCCUGGUGUGUGUGUGUGUACGUGUGUGUGGACCUCAGGAAAACAGACGCUCAUGUGAGAGUCAGGAGCAGUAGCAGCAGUGACUGGUGAGAGGAGACAGGAUCAGAGAGGAGAAGAAAAGGAAUAGAAAACAGAGGACAGCAACAGAGAGGAGACGAAAAGGAAUAGAAAACAGAGGACAGCAACAGAGAGGAGACGAAAAGCUGAGGAGCACAAUAAAGAGGAGGAGGAGGAGGAGGAGAGGAAAAGGAGGGAUCCUCCGCACCGUUCCGUUCAGAGCGAGGUCAGACAUGUGAGAAGAUGUCGGUAGGCGGCUGCGCGUGUCCCGGCUGUUCCUCCAAGUCAUUCAAGCUGUACUCUCCAAAGGAGCCCCCCAACGGCAGCUCCUUUCCCCCGUUCCACCCCGGCACCAUGCUGGACAGAGACCUGGGCCCAACCCCCAUGUACCCCCCCUCAUACCUGGAGCCUGGAAUAGGGAGACACACACCAUACGGGAACCAGACAGACUACAGGAUAUUUGAGCUCAACAAACGGCUACAGAACUGGACAGAGGAAUGUGAUAAUCUGUGGUGGGAUGCAUUCACUACAGAGUUCUUUGAGGACGAUGCCAUGUUGACCAUAACCUUCUGUCUGGAGGACGGGCCCAAGAGAUACACGAUUGGCCGGACGUUGAUCCCGCGGUACUUCCGGAGUAUAUUCGAGGGGGGCGCCACCGACCUCUACUACGUGUUGAAGCACCCCAAAGAGUCCUUCCACAACAACUUCGUCUCGCUGGACUGUGACCAGUGCACCAUGGUUACACAGAACGGAAAACCCAUGUUCACACAGGUGUGUGUGGAGGGUCGUCUGUACCUGGAGUUCAUGUUUGACGACAUGAUGAGGAUCAAGACGUGGCACUUCAGCAUCCGACAGCACCGUGAACUGAUACCACGCAGUAUACUGGCCAUGCAUGCCCAGGACCCCCAGAUGUUAGACCAGCUGUCUAAGAACAUCACCAGAUGUGGACUGUCAAACUCCACCCUCAACUACCUCCGACUGUGUGUGAUUCUGGAGCCCAUGCAGGAGCUGAUGUCCAGACACAAGACCUACAGCCUCAGCCCCAGGGACUGUCUCAAGACCUGCCUCUUCCAGAAGUGGCAACGCAUGGUUGCCCCGCCAGCUGAACCAGCCAGACAGGCCCCUAAUAAGAGGAGGAAGCGUAAGAUGUCAGGUGGCAGCACCAUGAGUGCCGGAGGAGGAACCACCAACAACAACAACAAGAAGAAGAGUCCAGCGAGCAGCUUCCCCCUGUCCAGCCAAGUACCAGACGUUAUGGUGGUGGGAGAGCCCACCCUGAUGGGAGGGGAGUUCGGGGACGAGGACGAGCGCUUGAUCACGCGGCUGGAGAACCAACAGUUUGACGCGGCCAACGGCAUCGAUGACGAGGACAGCUUCAACAACAGCCCCGCGCUGGGCGCCAACUCUCCCUGGAACAACAAGGCCCCAUCCAGCCAGGAGAGCAAGAGUGACAACCCGACGUCUCAGGCCUCACAGUAGAGGAGGGGAGGGAGGGGAGGGGCUUCCAUAGUCUUAAAGGGGUUUCCUCUCCUUGUGGGUGUGUGUCAAUUGUCUGUAGUGGCUUCCUGACUGUUCUUAUCAUUUCCUCUUAAAGGGGCGAUCCGCAGUUGAAAAAAUAACUUAGUGUCACCUCUACCUCCUGUUUUAGUAAAAAGCUGAGGGACGGGCCUGGAGAAGUGUAACCACUCUAAAAAUCAUAGACCGCUAUGGGUACAAGGACUGACCAUCCAAGAUAUAACAAACAUAUAUAUAUAUAUAGUUUUAAGCAUGUUUUGAGGCUAUACAGAUGGUUACAGAGUAAACCACGUUGAUACUGUGGGUUGUGACGGGGUGCGUCAGUUGAAUUAAGCCCCUGAGACAUUUAAAGGUUAUAUAUUCCUCAAGAAUCAACAGGUACAUAUCAUUCAUCUAGACGUCCAGACAAUGGCUGUAGGGACGACGGAUCGCCCCUUUUCUAAUAGGGAUUUUAUCUUGGUCUGUGGAGUAGACGGAGGAUCCCAUUGGUUGAUAAGAGGUUUCCUUUCCCUGUCUACCUUCCUACAUCAGUUCUGAUAUGAGAGCUUGGUAGGUGACAGGAAAUGACUGAGAGCUAUUACCUAUAGGGGCCUCCUCCAGACCUGGCUCUCCUAGCUGGUCGCUUAAGGAGAGACCUGAGGAGAGGGAAGACGCUUGGGACAGUUGAGAUGCACCCAGCUAGGGGUGCAGGAAGGGGUGGUGGGGUAGGGGGACACGAGGACGACUCACACAUCUACCUUCAGAAGAAUCAUGGUCACUAGAUAUGGAGUCUUAACUCUGGUCCACUCUGCUGCUGCACUGUGUGUGUGUGUGUGUGUGUGUGUGUGUGUGUGUGUGUGUGUGUGUGUGUGUGUGUGUGUGUGUGUGUGUGUGUGUGUGUGUGUGUGUGUGUGUGUGUGUGUGUGUGUGUGUGUGUGUGUGUGUGUGUGUGUUACUUGUUCAGAACUAAAGCCUGGACUGUGCCAAAGCUAGCGGACCGGAGUUGAGAUCCAAUCAGUUUAAAAUGCUUUCUCACACAGACACACACACACCAUUGAAGGAGUACUGAUCCAACCUUUUAACAGAUAACAGAAAGCAUUUAAACAACAACAACAUUGUAGAGUUUUAUACCCGUCUCUAUUUCCCUAGAAUGUUUUGAUUUUAUUUUCUACUCCUUCAUUUCAAAUCUACUUUUUAUUAGUUAUUUUUUACUGCUGAUAUUCAGAAGCUAACAGACCAAGGAGCCAGAAAACAGGACUGCUGUUAUUCUACCCUCCCCCCUGACUAAAUAUAUUUGGUCUGUUUUAAUAUCUUUUAAAGAGAAAUAAUUGUGGAUGUUUUUCUGUUUUUUGAGAUAGAUUUUCUCCUGUUUUUUAGUGUAUUUGUGCUUUGUAUAUUUAAGGUUGUAGCAACGCUCUGUACGACUGUAUUCUGACUGGUUCCUGAAGCCAUUCUGAUCUAAUGGAAAGAAAUGAAACGAAAAAGAAAUGGACAAAAAGAAGGAAAAAACACAUGAACCUCUUAACCAAUCCUGUCUCUCCAUUUACAUCUCUCAACCAAUCCCGUCUCUCCAUUUACAUCUCUUAACCAAUCCCCUCUCUCCAUCUCUCUCUCUCUUUACAGUGUCCAUCCUGAUCAUAACAGUGACACCUCUCUCUCUCUCUCUCUCUCUCUCUCUCUCUCUCUCUCUCUCUCUCUCUCUCUCUCUCUCUCUCUCUUUUCUUCUUUCUUUUAAAUCUUUUUAACUUGUGUACAUUCAUUUAUAAAACCCUGGGGUACAGUCACCAUUGAGAAGACAAAACCCUGGGGUACAGUCACCAUUCAGAAGACAAAACCCUGGGGUACAGUCACCAUUGAGAAGACAAAACCCUGGGGUACAGUCACCAUUGAGAAGACAAAACCCUGGGGUACAGUCACCAUUGAGAAGACAAAACCCUGGGGUACAGUCACCAUUGAGAAGACAAAACCCUGGGGUACAGUCACCAUUGAGAAGACAAAACCCUGGGGUACAGUCACCAUUGAGAAGACAAAACCCUGGGGUACAGUCACCAUUGAGAAGACAAAACCCUGGGGUACAGUCACCAUUGAGAAGACAAAACCCUGGGGUACAGUCACCAUUGAGAAGACAAAACCCUGGGGUACAGUCACCAUUCAGAAGACAAAACUCUGGGGUAACAGUCACCAUUCAGAAGACAAAACCCUGGGGUACAGUCACCAUUCAGAAGACAAAACCCUGGGGUACAGUCACCAUUGAGAAGACAAAACCCUGGGGUACAGUCACCAUUCAGAAGACAAAACCCUGGGGUACAGUCACCAUUCAGAAGACAAAACCCUGGGGUACAGUCACCAUUGAGAAGACAAAACCCUGGGGUACAGUCACCAUUCAGAAGACAAAACCCUGGGGUACAGUCACCAUUCAGAAGACAAAACCCUGGGGUACAGUCACCAUUGAGAAGACAAAACCCUGGGGUACAGUCACCAUUGAGAAGACAAAACCCUGGGGUACAGUCACCAUUCAGAAGACAAAACCCUGGGGUACAGUCACCAUUCAGAAGACAAAACCCUGGGGUACAGUCACCAUUCAGAAGACAAAACCCUGGGGUACAGUCACCAUUGAGAAGACAAAACCCUGGGGUACAGUCACCAUUCAGAAGACAAAACCCUGGGGUACAGUCACCAUUCAGAAGACAAAACCCUGGGGUACAGUCACCAUUCAGAAGACAAAACCCUGGGGUACAGUCACCAUUCAGAAGACAAAACCCUGGGGUACAGUCACCAUUGAGAAGACAACCCUGGGGUACAGUCACCAUUCAGAAGACAUGUUUGCAUCUUCCAGUUCAGCAGGUUUAUUUUUUUUCAUUUCAUUUUUCUAUUUAUUUUUAAUGAAAUAUCAGAUAUACGUUCUGUUUCUCCACCCCCCCCCCCCCCCGGUUACACACUCAUCCUAAAUGUACACUACUAUUAGCAAAUAAGCUAAUGAUCUACUGCUGUUUAAAACGUCUGAACAGACAACCUGCCAUCAUUCAUCCACCCAUGUGUCCCAAAUGGUACCCUAAUCCCUAUCAAGUUAUGGUCGAAGGUAGUGCACUACAUACAGAGUGUCAUUCGGGACGCAACCCCAACUAGUUAUUAAUGUUUACCUGAAGUCGUAAAGGUUGUAUAUAUUUCCAAUACCUGUGUUGUAUAGGCUCGAUCUGUAAUAUUGAGUCUGUUGCGCAUGUGUUUGGUAAUACCUUCAAUUCUCACAAGGGGGCGCUGUUAGAGUAUCACAAAUAAGAUCAUUUCCUAACUUUAUACAUCCAGUUCAACCAUGAGCAGUGAUAUGAUCUGCCCCCCCCCCCCCCCCCCCCCCGGAGCACCCGAUGUAGUGCAGUACCUUUGUUCAGGGCCAAUGUGACAGCAGGGGGCCAUUUGGGACACGACCCCAUGUUAUUUAGUUCUGUAAAUGUUGUUCCAGCUCUGUCGACUACAUUGUGUACGUUUUCAGUACAGCUCUGGCUGUAACAGAGAAUAUGUCUCAAAUGGCGCCCUAUUCCCUACAUAGAGCACUACUAUAUAUAGUAGUGCACUAUAUAAGGGAACAGGGGGCUAUUUUGGAUGCAAGCCUAGAGAAAGGUGACUGGUACCCUAAACCAACCCUGUAGAAAAAGCCUUGUUUGAUAUUUUGGUUAGUUUUUUUGCCCUUGAUACUUAUUGAUGAAUUAAUUAAUGUAUGGUACCAAUAAUAAAAAUAUACAUUUUCACUUUAAAAUGAA